AUGGCCGCUGCCGUAGCUGAACACCCGCGUUUCUUUCCUUCGCAUCAUGAUGCGCUGAGCCACGAUGAUUUCGAAACAGCUUCGAUCCGCUCUGCCGCGCCGUCUUAUUUCUCAGACGCGCCCUCUUACCACUCGAUCGCUCCGCAUCCCGAGCCUAUUCCUCCUUACUCCCCGCCUAUCAACAACAACAAUGUGAACCGCACGGCCGCUGGCUCCACUCAACACCCAACGUCCCUGCUUCCUGCCGUCCCGGCCCCGAGCCGUUCCGGGAACUCGACGCCCCAACCCCACCGAACCACCGGCCUGCCCCCGAUUCCUCCGGCGCCGCCCAGCGCAGCCCCACGACUCGAUCAGUUCCGCAUUCCCACGUGGUCAACGGUGCACACAAAUCCGACGCUGAAUAACGUCGCCCGAAGACGCAUGAACCAAGGUGCCGAUCCCGUUGCCCACCUCCGUCGCUUUAUGUCUGAGCGAAUGGCCGAGGAGGAGGCGGCCCAGCGAGCUCGGGACUCCCGACCGCUCGAGGACCCUUACUUGGUCGGCGAGGAGGCCGCUGCAAGUGCUCGCAGGGAGAGACUUGCACGCGAGUCUGGUGAGGAUAUUCUCUGGGACGAGGAUCGCCGUUGGAACCGCUUUCUCGCGCAAAUGCAAACUUGGGAGGACCGCGAUCGCAGUAGUUGGAGAAAUCUGCGUCAGCCUCCGCCAGCACAGCGCAAGAAGCUGACCCGCCGCCUUGCAGGGCGUCUUUGGUAG